ACAAGGUGACUCGCGUAACAUUCACGUCUCAAAUAACUUUGAAAUUAUGCUUUUUACAAAAAAUGAUUAAAUACAUGGUUUCAGAAGUGAGUACUUCUGCUUGUAUAUACAUAGAGAGGUUUCUCAGUUUGCAAGAUCAAUUAAUUUGAAGUUGUUUAAGAUGUGUAGGUUAUGUGACUCACCCUGUAUAAUAAUACACUUAUUGACAAACGUACUAAGAUUUAUAUCGUGUUUGGACUCAUUUUAAUCGGAAGAAUCUCAGCUAUUCAUUGAUGCUACAAUUAUAAAAGUAAGACGAAAAUUUACUUCAUUCAGUCGCGGCUGAAUGGCUUUUCACUAUAGUCAUUCUUUUUCCUUUUUCACUAAGAUAAGGCCUCGCUGAGUUCGAGGCAGAGUGGUGAUGGUAACCACGAAAAAGCGAGGUUCUCCCACCGCACCCCAUGCUCCCCGAAAUCCUCUAAGAACUGAAUCCCUUCCAUUCCUUCGGUAAGCUAGUACGGUAGUAUGUAGUGAGGUGAAGGAGAUGCGUGUCGAUGCGAACGCGAACGCCACCGGCCACCCCGACGCCAUGGUCAGUCAUGGUCAUGGACGUUACGGGUUAUUGUGUAAAAAUCAGUGAAAACAUCGACGUUAAGUGGCGUUGACACACCGAUGUUGUGAUUUGUUGAAUAUUGCGAGCUUUAUUGUAUUUUAAAUAUAUAUUUGUUGUAAGUAAAUCAUUUUAUAAGAAUGGACUCAGGCAGCGACAACAUGAGUGCCCCUCCUGCAAAGAAGGUCUGUAAGAAGAGCAAAUUUUAUGACAUUUGGCUGCAUAAUCCAGAAUUUGUGUCGUGGCUUGAAAAGUGUGACAAUCUGGAGAAAGCCAGGUGCAAGAUUUGUGAAAAAAUUAUUAUUGCCAACAAGACCAACUUGCAUAGGCACAAAGAUAGUUCCAUUCAUCAGCAGAAUGUGCAGAUCUUGCAAGAGGUAGCAGGAGAGGGUAUGUCAAGAGCAGGUCUGUUCAAUGAUUCAUUAAAUGUAAAGAAAGCAGAAUUACGAUUUUGUUUGGACGUCGUUGAACAUGACCGCAGCUUUUCUUCGUAUGGACACUUUGUUACAAUGCUACAAAAGGUAUUGCCCGACAGUGAGAUUGCAAAAAGUGUAACCCUCAAGAAAAGUAAAAUGUCUGCAUUAAUUACAAAUGUUAUCAAUUCGUACAUACAGUCAGACACUGCUAAAAAGUUACGGAGCAACUUUUUUUCCAUAAUGCUGGAAGAAAGCAUUGAUAAUGCUGACACAAAAAAUUUAGUGUUUUUAGCUAGAUUCGUUGAAGCAGAUAAAAUUUAUACAUCUUUGAUUGAUUGUAUUAGGGUCAAGGAACGUGCAGCAGAACAUUUAUUCAAAUGUUUGCAGCUCGUUUUAGAGAAACAUGCGCUACCUAUAAGCAACAUAGUUGGUAUAUCCAUUGAUAAUGCUAAUAUGAUGGUAGGCAAACAUAAUUCCUUAGUUUCUCGUUUAUUGAAUAUUAAUAAGGAAAUAGCAGUCUUUCCAUCUGUGUGUCAUUCAAUACAUCUGGUUGCGCAUCAUGCUUGUAACCAUCUGCCACCAUAUAUUGAGACAUUUUUAAAUAAAAUGUAUACAUAUUUCUCAAGAAGUCUACUUAGGCGAACUAUGUCAAGAAAAACCCAACAGUUAAUGAAUAUUAUGCAACAUAAAAUAAUAGAGCCAUGCCCUACUAGGUGGUUAGCACUGUCAGAGUGCAUUAAGGUCAUUCUCCAACAGUGGACUGGCUUAUUUUCAGUAUUUGCAGAAGCAAAUACACAUAGUGAUUCCAGUGAAAUUGUAGUAGAUAUAUAUAACAUUUUCGAAAAUCGUCCUCUUAUUAAAGCGUAUUUACAGUUUUUAAGAUCAGUGUUAGGCGAAAUGGCAAAAUUUAAUCUCAUUUUUCAAUCAAAUAAAAUGCUACUUCAUGAUCUAUUGCCAUCAAGUAAUAGAUUGUUAAGAUUUAUGGGUGAUUCUUUUAUAAAACCGCAUAUUAUAAGUACGGCGGAAUUACAUACAAUUAAUAUUUAUGAUGAGGGUAAUCUACUUGCAACAAAUGAAAUUAUUCUUGAUGAUCGAACUUUGACCAUUGUAAAUGAUAUAAAAAAUUCGAACAGACUUGAACAAAGUGAAAUAGAAGAAUUUUAUAUUAAUAUUAAACAAUUUUAUAAAGAAGCCUAUAAAGGUAUGGUAGAAAAAUUACCUUUUAAGGAAAAACUUUUACAGGCAUUAGAUUUUUUAGAUCCAAAUGUAGCAUUAAAUCUUUCGAGUCACAGGGAUCAAAUGUACCGCAUUUUAGAUAAAUUUCCUUCGAAAUUUAAUUCCGAUGACAUAUUUGAUGAAUGGCGUAGAUUAGGCUCUUAUUUUGAACCUGCUAAAAAAACAGAAUUAUGUCAAUUACAAAUUCCGACAUUUUGGCACAGCUUAAGAACAAUAAAAGAUCACGGUGGGCAAUACGAGUUCCAUAAUAUUGUUAAAUUAGCAGAACUGUGCAUGUCGCUACCACAUUCAAGCGCUGAUGUUGAAAGAUUUUUUUCUUCACUUAGACACAUAAGAAAAAGAAAUAGAAAUAAGUUAGAAACUCAGAUGAUCAGUGCACUCACGAGGAUCAAAUUGCAUUUAAUGAGUAGUGGUGUAAAUUGUGCAAAUUAUGAACUGCCUCCUGACAUGUUAGCAUUAUUUAAUUAUAAGAUGUAUGCCAAAGAACAUAUCCCACAAGAAGUAAAUGGUGUUUUAUUACCAGACGAGACUGAAAGUAGCGAUAGUGACUACAGCGAUGUAGUAGAUAUUUGUAGUUUGUAAGCAUAAUAAUAAUAAUAAUAGUAAUAAUAAUAACAAUAACGUGUACAUUAUCUCUGUAUAUAU